AUGGAGGGCGACGACAGCACGAUGACUGAGCAAGAUAAAGCAACAACAACGACAGCAAGGAAGCAGACCAACAACAACAAAGCCUCCAAGCUGCUGCAUGUCAGUCUAUUUUGCCUUUUACUGCUGCCAUUGGUGGGUGGUUUGGCAUAUUAUUUCUCUAUAAUGCCAGACGAAAAAGAACAAGAAGGAGCAUCUCAGAGUCAUCAAUCUUCUUCAUCAGAAAUGUCCCCAACAAUGAUAGAAGAGGCAGUGGUAAUAAAUGGUCGUGAUGGCGGCGGUGGUGGUGGGGACGAUACUGUUUUACUAACGAGCACCAAGUUCAACAACAACGACGACAAAAAUGAAAGCAACCAUAAUCCUGGUUCUUUGGUAGAAUCACGUGCCAAAGACGAUGACUUUGACGUCGGAGACAACACGUUCUUGAAAGAAGAUCAGUGGAUCCAACAAGGCACCCGCAUAGGCAUCAAAUCUGGUAAGAUGCGGUACUACCUUCAACACCAAUCCGAUGGAAAUUUGGUCUUGUACGACGAAACCUUUUUUGUCUAUUGGCACAGUCGUGUAAUUCAAGCUCCUUCUUCCAAACACUACUCGACUACCUUGCAAACGGAUGGCAAUUUGGUCACCUACUUUAGACGGAAUGGUAAUGGGAGACCACAAGUAGAGUGGGCCAGUAACAGUCCCUCUGCCCAAGACAACGAUUACAAUCUUGCACUGACACCAGACCGUGACGGAUUGAUGAUUGUUCGAAAGAGUAAUGGGAAAAUCAUUUGGUCGACAGUGGCUGAACCUGCUGCGCCUGCUCCCGAACCAAAUCCACCACCACCGGCACCCCGACCGGAACCAAACUCACCACCACCACCUCCCGCGAAUGCUAGAAUCACCUACGUCCCAGGGAAGUUGACGGUCCGAGAGAAUGGCUUGCUCCUGAGUCAAGGACUCAAGAGUCGCCUCGUGGCCGAGGCUGGACAAAAGGUGAUCUUGGAUGGCGAUGAUAAUAGAAAAUCCAAGGCCCGAUUUCACGAGCAGCCCGAUGGUGCGGCGGUCUUCUCGGAUCCCGAUACGGGCGGUUGGAUUUAUGUGUCCAACAGCGAAAUCAAGGACCAACAAGGCCAAGGUGGCGUGGGUGCCAUUUAUUUUGAUCGCAAUGCUCGCACCACGAAUUAUCGCAUGCUGGAAGAUGGAACUACGGCCAAUUGCAGUGGGGGCAAGACUCCUUGGAAUACAUGGGUCACUUGCGAAGAGACAGAAGGUGGCCGAGCCUAUCAAGUGGAUCCCUACGGGAAACGAGGAAUGCAACCCAUCACCAUGGAUCGUGGUUGGUUUGAAUCCUUUGCGUAUGACAUACGAGAUCAGAAUCGUCCGCGAUUCUUUGUGACCGAGGAUGCGGAAAAGGGACCUUUGCGAAGGUUUAGUCCGUCUGUCAUGAAUUGGAACGACCCUUGGCAAUUGCUGCAUGCACCGGGAAGGAUUGAUUAUUUGGUACUCGAGCCUAGGGGCAACGGAAGCAAGGGAAACAUUCGUUGGACUACCGACAAGAUUCAGGCCAGAAACAAUGCGCAGAGGUAUUAUCCAUUUUCAGAGGGAAUGGACGUCUAUCGGAAUCAACUAUUCUUUACUACCAAGGAACGAAAGGAACUCUUCAUUUUGGAUUUGGACCGGGAGACUUUUGAAAAGCAAUCCACAAAGGCAGGAGUCUUUGAUGGGCAGCCGGAUCAAGUCAAGAGAAUUGUCGAUGAUGGCUUGUUGUAUUUUUGUGAAGAAGGUGGAGUCGAGAAUGGAGUUCAUGCUCGCGACGAGAACGGGUGGUUCAUGACUAUUUUGGAGUCAGAUACAUUCAACGAUGAAACUACUGGAUUGGCCUUUUCGCCAAACGGCAAACGAAUGUAUGUCUCCUUCCAACAGAAAGGAAAGAUUUUUGAUAUUUGGAGGGAAGAUGGACUUCCUUUUCAAGGGCAAACAUUGGACGUCAAGUAUCACGAAUUCAAGAGGCGAUAA